AUGGGACUGAGCCCACGAGAGUUGGCGUCGCUACGCAACACACUGGCAGAUGCCACGGUCAAGUGCGCAGAACGAGGGCUCUACCAGUCUUCAAAAUGGGCAGCCGAACUGAUGAACUCACUCCCCGACUUUGAGGAAGAGGAAACCAAUCUAGACCCUCCUGAGGAGCAAAUACCGUCGCCGAUAUACACUCCAAAUCUGGACCCGAGCGAAGCAGCAUUGGAAGCAAGGCAGCUGCCAAAAUAUCUGCUGGCCAAGUCCUUCUUCGACUGUCACGAGUACGAUCGAUGUGCCUCCGUCUUCAUACCCGAUACGCUGCUUUCGAGCGUGCUGCAAUCCAAGCCAGAUGGCGCCCCGCCGACACCAAAGGGCAAAGGAAAAGAGAAAGCAUCUUCUGCUUCGAUAUUCUUCUCGUCCCCAAGAGCUCCCCUAAUCAGCCAGAAGAGCUUAUUCCUGGCAUUGUACGCCAAGUUCCUGGCUGGCGAGAAGCGCAAAAAUGAAGAGGCGGAAAUGGUGAUGGGACCCCAUGACCACGGUUCCGUGAUAAACAAGGAACUCCUCGUGGUCGGCCGCCUGCUGAGCGCUUGGUUUGAAGCAAAGACGCCACAGGAUGAGGAGUCGAUAAGAGCAGCCUCAAGGGGGGAAUUGCCCGAUACCCCAGAAAGCCAAGGUUGGCUGGAGUACCUGUACGGCAUGGUUCUGGCACGAGAGAAGAGCGAGAACCUGGCAAUGAAGUACCUUGUCCGAAGCGUACACAAGUACCAGUUCAACUGGGGCUGCUGGCUUGAGAUGACUUCCCUCAUCAGUAGGCCUGAGCAUUUGUCUCGAACGGUUGACGCUUGUCCUGAACAUCUCACCUCCUACAUGUUCCACCUACACUCGUCGUUGGAGCUGUACCAGCAAUCACCUGCCCUCGCGCAAAACCUCGACAAGCUGUACUCGAUAUUUCCGCACUCUCCAUUCCUGUUGACGUGCAAUGCACUCCUGUCGUACCAUUCUAAGGAUCUGCUCGCCGCGGAACAGCACUUCAGCCGGCUGCUGGCGUCACACCCACGCAGGCUCGACUCGCUCGAUCAUUACUCCAACAUCCUCUACGUUCUCAACAACCGCCCCAAGCUGGCAUUUCUGGCACACCUGUGCUCCAGCGUCGAUAAAUUCCGACCCGAAUCAUGCGUUGUGAUCGGGAACUACUACUCUCUCAUAUCGAUGCACGAGAAAGCCGUGCAAUACUUUCGCCGGGCGCUUACGCUCGACAAAUCCUGUCUCUCUGCGUGGACGCUCAUGGGGCACGAGUAUGUAGAACUGAAGAACACGCAUGCCGCCAUUGAGUCAUACCGUCGGGCUGUCGACGUGAACCGACGGGAUUACCGUGCCUGGUAUGGGCUGGGCCAGACCUACGAAAUGCUAGAGAUGCACACGUACUCCCUACAUUAUUACAAGAUGGCCGCGGGGUUACGGCCAUGGGACGGGAAGAUGUGGAUGGCUGUCGGCACGUGCUUGCAGCGCAUGGAGAAGGAACGCGAGGCCAUCAAGGCGCUCAAGCGAGCAUUGUUGGCGGACGCCUACUACGAAACGGGCAGCAGCUUCGGCAGCGGCGGCGAGCUCAUGGGCUCCCGGAGCGCAACUGGCCAUAUGGACCCAGAGAUCCUCCUGCAGAUAGCGUCACUCUACGACGCACUUGGCGAAGAGGAGGAAGCCAAGUCGUACAUGGAGCUCUGCAUGAGGCAGGAGGAUGGUACUGACGCGGAGGCGGGAGACGCCGUGGCAGAAUCGGUCAGGAUUCAUAACGACUCCCCUCCUGCCUCGGAUGACGGUGUCGUUGACGAGGAACAGGGCGGCCGCGAAGGAACAGGCGUCACGGCGGCGACUAGUAAGGCACGUAUGUGGCUGGCCAAGUUUGCUAUGCGUACGCACGACUAUGAUACCGCGACAAAGCUCGCAAUGGAGCUGUGCCAGGACGGCGUUGAAGUCGAGGAGGCUAAGGCUCUGGUGAGGGAAGUGAGAGCGAGGAUGUACGCACUGGAAUCUGGAUCAGACGGGGCGCGUUAG